CUUUUCCUUUCUCUUCCUUCGCAGAAAUUUCAUCCCUUCUCUCUCUAUCCCUCCCAAAGCUUCCGCCACUUCCCAUUGGACGACCCACCACAACCCAAGCUAUAUAAGUCUGCAACAACAUCAACCCACCAAGAUCUCCUGAUGGGCUAAUGAGAAUGAGAAGAACUAACGACAGCCACCACAAAGAACCCAUCAUCACCAUACCCAAUCCCAAGUCAUGAGACCGAUUCAACCCCCACCACCCACCACCACCACGAAUCGUCCUCGCCGGAGACCAGACCUAACCCUCCCCCUUCCCCAACGCGAACCUUCCUUCGCCGUCCCUCUCCCUCUUCCCCCCGCCGCCACCACCACUAAAUCCUCCUCCACCCAACUACCACCAGCGCCCUUGAGUUUUAACGAACUCGACCGAGUCAACCGCAUCGGAAGCGGCAGCGGUGGCACCGUCUACAAAGUCUGUCACAGACCCACAGAUCGUCUCUACGCCCUCAAAGUCAUCUAUGGCAACCAUGAAGACUCUGUUCGCCGCCAGAUCUGUCGCGAGAUCGAGAUCCUCAAAACCGUCGACAACCCUAACGUCGUCAAGUGCCAUGGAAUGUUCGAUUACGCCGGUGAAAUCCAAGUCCUCCUUGAAUACAUGGAUGAGGGAUCUCUUGAAGGAAAAACUAUCGCCUAUGAACCCGCUCUCGCAUCUGUGGCUCACCAGAUCCUCUGUGGCCUCGCUUAUCUUCACCGCCGCAAGAUCGUUCAUCGAGACAUCAAACCCUCAAAUCUCUUGAUCAACGCAAGAAAGCAAGUCAAGAUCGCAGAUUUUGGGGUUAGUCGGAUUCUUGCCCAGACCAUGGAUCCAUGUAAUUCAUCGGUUGGAACUAUUGCUUACAUGAGCCCUGAAAGGAUCAACACAGAUCUAAACCACGGCGUUUAUGAUGGAUACGCUGGGGAUAUUUGGAGUCUUGGGGUCAGCAUAUUGGAGUUCUACUUGGGUAGGUUUCCUUUUAACGUGGGUCGACAAGGAGAUUGGGCGAGCUUGAUGUGUGCUAUUUGUAUAUCGCAGCCACCGGAGGCACCGAUUACGGCCUCGAGAGAGUUCAGAGAUUUUAUAUCGUGUUGUUUGCAGAGAGAGCCCGCUAAGAGAUGGACUGCUGCGCAAUUGCUGCUUCACCCGUUCGUUACUCAGAACAAUCAUGGACUCAACCACAGUAGUAUUGGUGGGGGCAGCCAGAAUCAGGUUCAUUAGCAUCAUCUUCUGCCCCCAUUUCAACAUCAAUCCUCGUCUUCUUCUUCCUCUUCCCUUGGCUUAUUUUGAAUCCAAUUUUUAGAAUUUGUGGCAUAGGUUGGGCUGCUUCAAAUUUUGGAAAAAAAGGAGAAAUUGGUCGGUUCCAGUUCCAAAUUUUAAUC